UCCUUGGCUCCAACCCUUGGCUGCUGCUCUCUCCUGCCAGGUGUGUGGGCACUUCACUGCCCUUCCCUCUGCCCAUGUAUCCCUUACAACUGGGGUAUUACCUCCUCUGGUGACCUCAGUGAGCCCUCCCCUCUCCCGAGAGCCUGGUGGGGUCUCUGUGCAAGGACGGUGCCCAGGACUUCCUGCCUGUCCUUGGAGCUCACAGUCCCGGGGAGCAGCAGCGGGGAACAAAAAAACAUGAAGCGGGAGUCGGAGAUCUAUCUCCCUCCUUGAGUAAGGCACCGGCGGAUGCACAGCAGAUUCCCUGACCUCAGGGGCGGGGGAGGGUGCUCAGUCCAGCUUUCUGACCCAUCCAUCUGAGGUGUGAUCUCAUUUACCUGUUCCGCAAGACUCCCAGGUGCUGACAGGGCAGAGCCCUUAGUAACAUAACAGCUGAUGCCUGCUUUAAUCAGCCCAUUUUACAGGUAGGGAAACAGAGGCUCUGAAAAGGUCAGCCAUGGCCAGGGCAGAAUAGGCAGGCACGCCGCUGGGUUUCAGGGUCCAUGUCAUUGAGACCACCACCCCAGACCACACCACUCUCAGCGGCCUGCCAUGGCCUGUCCCCCAGUCGGGCUCAAGUCCGUGCCCUGGCACCUGCGGGGCCUCUAUAGGAUUGAAAGGAAUGGGAGAAAGGGAGUGGCCACCCCAGCUGGCAGAACUCAAGGCCUAAGCUGGUCUCUGGCAUUCAAGGCCUCCGAGGUCAGGCAUCCCAGUUCCCCCAACGCCCCGCAGGAAGUGGCUGCAGAGCCCAGGAGGGAGUCGCCGAGGGCAGAGCGCCCCUGGGUCACGCACAGAGCGGCAGGGAGGGCUUGGCUGCAGACGCCCCGAGUCGCCCAGCCCGGACAACCCGCACAUUCCCCGGCUCCUCCUGCCCGGGCGGCCGGCCUGGCGCCCCCGCCACUCCCCCUCCAGCUCUGGCCGCCGCCGGGGCGGCGUGCUGGGUGCCCGGGAGGGGCCCCGAGGGGGCCGGCCCCGCCCGCGGGCGGGAGGAGGGAGCGGGAGGAGGGCGCGCGCCCACACCCCGCCCCCGCCCCGGAGCCUGCCCGAGGAGCCCGCAGCCAGGGCGGCGCAGACCGGCCCAGCGACUCGCCCCAGCUGCGCGCCGGGACGCGCUGCCGCCACCGCCACCGCCACCGCCACCGCCACCGCGUCCGCUCCCACCCGCAGCCCCGGGGCGCGGAGAGAAGGUCUCCAGCUGGACGGGAGAGGGGCUGUCCACUAGGCGUGCCUACCCUGUCCUUGGACAGAACAUUGACAGCUGAUUCCACGGGGCCAGGAGCCAGGCCUCAGGGAGAGACCAGCCAUGGGCCCCCCACAGCCUCAGCAUUUGGGAGCAGCACCUUAGGAAAACAGGAGCAGCCUCCGUCCACCCUUUACACCGAGAAGAAGGGACCUGCCACGGACCCACCGCCUGUCCCGGGCCCCAGCUGGGCAUGGACCAGCACCUGUGACCUGCCAGAGCUGAUGCCGGGCCCCCAGGGGGGCAGAGGGACCCCCACCAUGAGCCUGGGCAAGCUCUCACCCGUCGGCUGGGUGUCCAGCUCGCACGGGAAGAGGCGGCUGACUGCAGACAUGAUCAGCCCCCCACUCGGGGACUUCCGGCACACCAUGCACGUAGGCCGAGGCGGGGACGUCUUUGGCGACACCUCCUUCCUCAGCAACCACGGGGGCAGCUCCGGGGGCACCCACCGUUCGCCCCGCAGCUUCCUGGCCAAGAAGCUGCAGCAGGUGCGCAGGGUGGGGGCCCUGCCCCGGCGGAUAGCUUCCCCGCCGUCGGCCUCGCCUGCUCCGCCCGCCGUCUCCCCCAUCAUCAAGAACGCCAUCUCCCUGCCCCAGCUCAACCAGGCCGCCUACGACAGCCUCGACAGCCUCAUGGUGAGCAAGCUCAGCUUCAACAGCAGCCCCGCCAGCGCCGCGGACGGCCACUCCAGUUAUGGUCUGGACUCUGGGUUCUGCACUAUCUCCCGCGUGGCUCGCCCGGAAAAGCCUCGUGACCGAGACCAUGACAGUGCCUUCCCCUCCGAACCUGAGCUUCGCCGCUCUGACUCCCUCCAGUCCUUCCGCCUGGACCUCGACCUUGGGCCAUCUCUCCUCAGUGAGCUGCUGGGGGUCAUGAGCCUCUCAGAAGGCUCUGCAGCUGAGACUCCAGCCCCAGCCCCUGCUGCAAACCCCCCAGCCCCUGCCUCAAGCCCCCCAGCCCCUGCCUCAAGCCCCCCACCCCCUGCCGCAAGCCCCCCAGCCCCUGCCGCAAGCCCUCCACCCCGUGGACGCUGCCCCAAUGGGGUAACUGCUGGGUUUGGCCCAGUGGCUGAGGCGAGGGCCAGCCCCGUAGGUGAGUGUCCCCGGGCGCCUGCUGACAUGGCCCCUGGCAGGCACUGGGGAGCCGGCUGGAGUGGCAGCCGGGGCAGCCGCCACUACACUGAGAUGGAUGCUCGGCAGGAGCUGGUGAAGGUGCUGCCCCAGGGUCGGGCCUCUUGGGAGAGCCUGGAUGAAGAGUGGGGAGCACCCCAGGCAGGCAGCCGGGCCCCUGUGCCCAGCACGGUGCAAGCCAACACCUUCGAGUUCGCCGACGCUGAGGAGGACGAUGAGGUCAAGGUGUGAGCAGCUGAGCGUGGGCUCAGGACCCCGCCCAGCCUCCGGCCACUCACUGCCCUCAAGAGCCCAGGUGCAGAGCUCGCCCUCACCUGACACCUGGGUCCUGCUGAUGAGGGAUGGAGAGCCCACACUGCCCCCAAACCCUCCACGCCUCUGCUGGACAGACAUGGGAGCGAGGCCAGGCCGGUGCUGGGACCUGGGUGUUCCCGAGGACCCUGCCGGGCUGACCUGCUUCCCCCCACUGCCGCUCUGGACCCCGUGGCCCUGCCUCCGGCCCCGCCCCCACCGGCUGGAGGGCCGGCCUCACAGAGCCGCCUUUGUGUGGGGAAGCUGUCCUUGCUGGGUGGGGGGUAGGGAGCAUACCACACAGGGCCUCUGUCUCCUCCCAAAGGGGCCGCCUGCCCACUCAUCCUGGAGCUUCCCCAACGUGCCCACCCCAAGCCCCCCUUGUCCCAGAAGCCUCGAGGUGAAAUCAGGUGUGACCCCACCUUCUUGUGCACCCCAGACCUGCCUCCGGGUUCCGAUUAAAAAGGCUUUGUGAGA